AUGCCUCCGAGUAAGACUCGUACCCAGAGUGCCACCAACAGAAGCAGCGGUAUUGGAUCUAAUCCUACCGAAAAAUCUACGGACAAGAGACUUGAUGAAAUUUCUAUGAUUCUCAGGACACUUGUUACUGAGGAUAUUCUAGACGCAAAACUCGAGAAACUAAAGAUUGAGAUACAGAGAGAGCACGCGGAGAGAAUCGAGCUACUGGAGAACAGAGUCUCAGAUCUUGAGGAUGAGAAUACGGAUCUCAGACUCACAGUGUCGAAAUUGGAGGAACAGUGUGAAAAAGUCAAGGAAAAGCAUAGUGAAAUGAUUGGCAAAUACAAUGGCCUUGAGCAACAGGGACGAAAGAAUUCUUUGAGGAUUGUUGGGAUCCAAGAUGAAAACAUGAAAGAAACUGUAGAGGACUGUGUUCGCUCGGUUGUUACAUUUGUCCGUGAUACUUUGAAGGUUCCUGUGCAGGAGAGAGAUAUUGACAUCGCCCAUAGGCUGGGUAAAUUUAGUGCCUCCAAAUCACGGAACAUUAUUGUAAAGUUUACACAUAGAUGGAAAAAACAGGAAAUUCUUCGUGCCCGCAAGAAGCUGAAAGGAACUAACUUUGUGGUGUUUGAGGAUCUUACGCGAUUAAAUCAGCAGAUACUCAAGGACGCAUACAGAAUGAACUGUGUAAAGAACUCCUACAGUUCUGACGGAAAACUGUUCGUGGUUCUUACUAAUGGGAAAAGACGAAGACUCAUGUUUGACACGCCACUGGAGGAAUCAUUCCUAUUAAACGAUGACAACUUCAGGAUCUAA